UCUCAGGCCGAGGAAGGAAUGUGUUGGACGGGGGUUGUGGGUUUGCUUUUCUUCUAUUUUGGUAUUUUGAUGUUGCGGGCCGCCCUGGGAUCUUUGGGUAAAGAGCGGCAGACAAAUUUAAUCGAUGAUAAUCGUAAUGAUAAUAAUAAUCGUCUGUGCGGCGGCGGCCACUCCGCAUUAAAGAAACCGGAGUAAGAAAAGAGAAGCAAAGCCGCGCUGGAAGGCGGAUUGAAGAGCGGCUGGCGCGGGUCCGGGGGCAGAGCAGCCGUUGGAGGCGGAGCGCGGAGGCGUCCCGGGAAGAGGAGACGGGGAGCUCCGAGGCCGCUCCGUCCCCCUUUUCCCCUCGCGGCGGGCGCCGGAGGCGGUUACCCUCUGAAUUGCUGAGUUGCAGUGCACAAGAAUAGGGUUCUUCAUUGCUCUGGGAGAGCUGAACUACAGUUAGAAAUUGUCCACACCGCUUCUGCAACAAUUGUACCUGUUACAGUCCUGACCCCAGCACAGUCCUUAUGGAAUCAUCAUUGCCUCUCUCCACUCCACAGCAGAAUACAACCUCUGAAUUGGAGAGCAGUACCAUUCAGAAGCAGAGGAAAGAACUUCAGCUGCUAAUUGUGGAGCUGAAAGAUCGUGAUAAAGAACUCAAUGAUAUGGUUGCAGUUCACCAGAGGCAGCUGCUGGCUUGGGAUGAUGAUCGUCAAAAAAUACUGACGCUGGCAGAAAGGUGCAGCAAAUUGGAGAAUGAGCUGCACAAGAGAAAUGAGAUGAUUAGCACACUGACUAGAAGGCUAAAGCACCUUGAAUCCCAGCAAAAUGACCGCAAGAUAACACUUGAGAAUACUCAGCAGAAGCUCCAGGAACUCUCUCGAAAAGCCUCUGACACAUCACUUCACUGCCAGGCCCUUGAGGAGAAAAAUCAAGCCCUCAGUUGCUCAGUGAUGGAGCUGUCCAAUAAAGUAGGACAGCUGCAAGCCAGAGAGCAGGAACUGCUUACUAUGUUGAAGUUAAAGGAUAAUGACAUACUUGAAGCAACGAAUCAUAUUACUGAAUUUACAUGUAAAUUUAAAAAAUUAGAAAACGCUCUGCGUGCAGCAAAGAUGGAGGAAUCAAGCGUCAAUAGGGAAAAGCAGGAUUUUAAACUCAGGCUGAAGGAACUUAUGUUGGAAACAAGCAAAUUAAAAGGUGACAUCAGCGAGAAAACAAAAGAAAACAAUGAGCAGAGGGAGGAAAUCAUACGCCUCAAGCAAGAAAACAAUUAUUUGAACAAUGAAUUGAUGCUUAGCGCUGAAAGAGCAAACAGAAAAGACCAGCUGCUUCAGUCUGCUAAAUCUAAACAACUGCGAACUGACACAGAACUGAGCAAUUUGCGACAGAUCUAUGUGAAGCAGCAACGAGAUCUGCAGUUUCUGCAUUUCAACUUGGAGAGUUCCCAGGAAACGAAGCAGAAACAUAAGACACAGGCACACGAGGCCAGCACAGAGAUAGUUUUGUCAGAUCCUGGAAGUAGCGGCAACAAAGACACAGCGUGUAGCGAAACCCAUCAGAAGAUACACACCCGGUUUGUGCAUUCUCCCAGCUGUAGUUCAAAAAAUAUCUGCGAAGCACACAGAGCCGAGAAUAGGCAGCAAAAGGGCCCCGAGGAGAGACAGCCAGCAAGCUUGGAUCAGUUUCAGGAAGGGCUGUUUUAUGGGCCAAGAACUAUGCAUAGGGAAGAGCUGGAUCAGAGCGGAUCCUUGAGUUCUGGGGAGACAGACAGCAGACCUGCCUCCCAGUCAGACAGCAUGUGGAAGGCAGAAGGCAGGGAAAUGGCCCGGGCGCCGGAGCAAAGCUUUGCAGCAUCUUUACCAAUUCACGAGCAUUGGCUCGACCUAAAUUGCCACACCGAGCCCACAAACUGCCAGAGUCCUGUGUUGAAGCUGUCUGACAAAUCCAAUGAGGAUUGUAAAGAUAAGGAGAUGGGCACAUGUGGGCUGAGUCCCAGCAAGUCUCCUAGUCCAUUUAAAGGGCUGGAAUCAGGGUACUGCUCCCGCAGCUCCAUAAACAAAGUCACCCUGUACCAGCCUGUAAGUGACCAGCGGUGGAUGCAGAUUUUCAAGCCUGUGAAGGGAGAGGCAGGUUCAUGGCACGGAGCUUUUCCCAAUGGUGCUCAGGCUGCGAUUAGAAGCGGCAAGUCGAAAAGUGACCAUGAUGUGGACCUGCAUUUUUCGGACUUGGGUGCUCCCUGUCUGACAUCCACCCAAAAGACAAGCGGGAGCAAGGGAGACGAAAAGUUGUUUGAAGGAGAGCUGCCUUCGGAGUUCAUGAGCUUGACAGACAUCCAGGCAGCCAACGGAUGCUGCCAUCUGACCAUCCACAAAGAUUCUUGCUCGCCCACCAGCAAGCUGCAGCGGCUGCUGGCAGAGUCCCGCCAGAUGGUGGCAAACCUGGAGCUCAGCAACCUGCUUGGUCCCAGCCCUGGAUGCAGUCCCAACAACAGCCUUUAUAUGGCAGGGGAGUAUAGCGAAUCCCUUUGCAAAGGGCGAUUGCCAAGUGCGGAGGAAAGCGAGAUGAAGCUCUCCCUUUUUUCCUUAUGACCUCAGCAGGUGUCUCCCGUGUUUUGUCCACAAGAGCAGAGAGAUGCACCCUUUCUUUCGAAGACA